GUGAACGUCUGUAUGUUUCUGUUGGGAGUAUGAAGUACUUGCUGUGCCUCCCCUCUCCAACGGACAGUAUUGAACUUACCGGUGGUCAGUGAGCAGCCUGCGUAGCUGCAUGGUGUAACGCUUGGAACGGAAGGAAUUUAAAGCGUACAUAUGUUCUGAGAAUCCGGCCGCUUGAAAGUCAAAUUCUUUCACCGAAGCGCCUAUCUGCAGCUACUGUUAUCAGCUAUGGCAGGUGUAAUUACCUGGGAGACAAUAGCUACAAGGAGAUGCACAGUCAUACUCGAAUUAUUAUUGUAUAUCCAGUCGGCGAGCAUCAGUUGACAGGCCAUAAAGUGGCUGUAAAGAUCCUGAACAGACAGAAGAUCCGCAGUCUCGAUGUCGUGGGGAAGAUCAAACGAGAGAUUCAGAAUCUCAAACUGUUCAGACACCCACACAUCAUCAAGCUGUACCAGGUGAUAAGUACACCCACAGAUUUCUUUAUGGUUAUGGAGUAUGUGUCUGGAGGUGAGCUGUUUGACUACAUCUGCAAACAUGGACGGGUGGAGGACACAGAGGCUCGCCGUCUUUUCCAGCAGAUUAUCUCAGCUGUAGACUACUGCCACAGACACAUGGUGGUCCACAGAGACCUCAAACCUGAGAAUGUCCUGCUGGACGCCAACAAGAACGCCAAGAUUGCAGACUUUGGUCUGUCAAACAUGAUGUCAGAUGGGGAGUUCCUGAGGACGAGCUGUGGCUCACCCAACUAUGCUGCUCCAGAGGUCAUCUCAGGAAGGCUCUAUGCAGGCCCAGAGGUGGACAUCUGGAGCUGUGGGGUGAUCCUGUACGCCCUGCUGUGCGGCACCCUGCCCUUUGAUGAUGAGCAUGUUCCUACGCUGUUUAAGAAGAUCAGAGGAGGAGUCUUUUAUAUCCCAGAGUACCUGACCCGCUCUGUGGCCUCGCUGCUGAUGCUCAUGCUACAGGUGGACCCUCUGAAGAGAGCCACUAUCAAAGACAUCAGGGAGCACGAGUGGUUUAAGCAGGACCUGCCAGGCUACCUGUUCCCUGAGGACCCGUCAUACGAUGCUACAGUCCUGGAUGAGGAGGCAGUCAGAGAAGUGUGUGAGAAGUUUGAAUGCCCUGAGUCAGAGGUUAUGUCCAGUCUCUAUAGCGGGGAUCCACAGGAUCAGCUGGCUGUAGCCUAUCACCUCAUCAUAGACAAUCGGCGCAUCAUGACUCAGGCCAGUGAGUUCUACUUGGCCUCCAGUCCUCCCCAGGGGUCCUUUAUAGAGGAAGGCAUGCUGCUACCCCCGGGGGUCAAACCUCACCCAGAAAGGAUGCCUCCGCUCCUGGCUGACAGCCCCAAAGCUCGUUGUCCUCUGGAUGCUCUGAACACCACCCGACCCAAACCCUUGGCAGUGAAGAAAGCCAAGUGGCACCUGGGCAUCAGGAGCCAGAGCAGACCCUAUGAUAUCAUGGCCGAGGUGUACAGGGCUAUGAAACAACUCAACUUUGACUGGAAGGUGGUGAACCCAUACCAUCUGCGAGUGCGGAGGAAGAAUCCAGUGACAGGCAACUUAGUAAAAAUGAGCCUGCAGCUCUACCAGGUGGACAACAGAUCCUACCUCCUCGACUUCAAGAGCAUUGAUGAUGACAUCAUUGAGGCAGUGGGCUUUAAAUCAGGUUCGUCCACUCCCCAGAGGUCGGGCUCCACAGCCGGUCUCCACAGACCGAGACUGAGCAUCGACUCAGCGAGCCCAGCGAUGGAUCUGCCCCAGCUCAGCUCUUCUCUCCCAGGGUCCCUGUCCAGUAGCUCCUCUCUACUCACCCCACGUCAGGGAUCACACACCAUGGACUUCUUUGAAAUGUGUGCCAGUCUGAUCACUACACUAGCACGCUGAGACCUGCUGACUCCUAACCUCGCUGUAACCUGGAUGUCAGUGGGGUUUUUAAGCUAAGUGCAGAUCUGGGAUGUAGGGAGUGUAGAUGUUUGGAGCGACUUCCUCUCUCUGUCUCCUCUCCAUCUCUGUUCUAGUUGUAUCGGACUGGAAGGGUGAAUGGAAAAGUGAAAAGCCAGUCAGGUGUUCACUUCAGAUGAAGGAGAGAGAAAGAGGAAGCCCUUAGCAGCAAGAGGGAUUAAUAGCUUUUUUUCCCCUUGUUUUAACACAGUCUUUGGGUCAGAGUCUUGGUGUUAAAACAUCAGGUCACGGUCCCUGAAAACUGAUCCUGGGACUGGAAUCUGUGAACUGGUGGAAGCCAGCAAGGAGGGCGAGUUCUCAGUCGUGCUGGAGUCAGCAAAGGUCAAGUUCACUGUCACUCCUAUCACUAAUACCUUCAAUCUGUUAUCAACUGCUGAAAUGUCAUCACCCACCAUAACACUUAAUGGCGGGACAUCCUGCUGAGUUUGCCCCAGACACUGAUCAGAGGUCAGUUUUGCAUCUUGUCUUAUAUUUUGAUAAGGGCACUGGUUGUUAGAAUUGACAUUAAAUCUGUGUCUGAGGGAGCCACAUGUAAAAUUUUAUUUCAGGUUUUAUAUGGUUUGUAAAGAAAACAGCUUUUGUUAUCCAUGUAUAUUAUAUUUAUAUUACAAUCAUAUUACGUAGCUGAAAAGGUUGACAAAGGCAUACCAAAUAACAAACUUUAUACAUCAUAAAGAAGAUGAUUAUUAUUUAGAUAUCAGAUCCAUAUUUAUUUUUGAGAGAUUGUUUUUUAGGCACUCGUAGGUACAUUAUUUAAACACUGCGUCAACAUAGAGUUUUAUCCUGAUUUUGAAUAGAUUGUAGACGAUUAAUGAACUUAGAGAGACAGCAGGAUAGUAGAACGAUAAUACUCUGCAUGGUACUGACUGUGUGCUGCUUUUAGUAUUAAGCACAGAUACACACCAUCUCACAUGCAUUUCUGCAACCUCAGUGGACUAUCCUGAUGUAUUUCAAAGGUAACAUUCAUUCUCACACAACCAUCAAUUUAUAUAUUCAAUAGCCGUCACAAAUAUGCAAAAGGGAAACACGCACGCACACACGCAGACUCCUUUCACCUCAGUUGAGCCCUUAACAAAUGACAAGCUGAGCAACUGUUAAUAUGCUGCUCACUCAUGCAUGCACAGAAUGUAAUUAAAAAGAGCAAGCAGCUCUGUGACAUGAAGAGAGCAGACAUGGCAGUCUGUCACAUAUGCAGUAAACUACAGAAAGACAGUUGUCCUUUUCAUUUCAUCAUAAAGCCUAUAAAAUAAUCCUUAGACCUAAUUAUAUGUCUUUAAAUUUAUUUGUGUGACCAAAAGUACCUAUAAUGUAUUAGUUUAUAUAUUUAAAAAACACAUAUUGUUUAUUUUUUACUUGAUAAAAUUACUUCAGUAGUCAAUCAAUGUUUUAAAUUAAUUUUAUAGCCUAAUUAAUCGACUAAUCUGUUCCGCAGUAAUAAAUGAAAUCAGCCCUCUGUCCAUCCAAUAGAUAAUAAGGUUAUGAUGAGAGGAGGAGGAGGAGGAAAAGAGGAAGAUGACGUGUGAGAUGGUGUUUAUCUGUUGUAGGACAGAAUAAGCCACAGAAACCUUUCUCCAGUUGCCUUAAAAAAAUUGCAACACAGUAAUCCUGUGCAUCUGUUUAUGGAUAGUGUGCACGUGAGCCAGUGUGUGUAGUGGAGAUGAGAUGGGUAGAGUCACAUGAUUGUCUUGUUUUCUUACUGACUGAACACUGGUUUAUUAGGAGGAUCUUUGCAGUGGUUUGAAUGCCUGUGAGAGCAGGAACGUGAUGCUUUGGUGUAUUGUAGACAUUGGAGCUGUUGUCGUGUAUCUUCUGUUUAGCCGUUGUUGUCGUCUCUUCGGUCUGCACUUUAAAACUUAUCCGUUGAGGCCAGCAGAUUGCAUCACACACACACACACACACACAUUACUGCACCUGUUGUAUUUGGUCCUACAUUUUGAUGAAUGACGCACUGUUUUAUAAGUGUUCUGCAUUGAUCUGUCAGUUCGUACCAUAGUGAGGUGUGUAUCGCUGUUGUCAUAGAAUCGUAUUUAUUCAUAAUCUUCUUCUGACUGAAUGUAAAGUGAAAGCUGGUGCUGCUCAGAUAAAUCCUCCUCUCUGUCUCUCUCUCUUUUUGUUCUUCUGGUUUUAAAGCAGUGUUGUCGUUGGACUGUUGCCUUUCUACUGCUCUCAGUAAAACACAGAGGAUAGAGGGGGAGUACAUGCUCUACUUUAGACUGGUGGCACAACUGUGGAACCCAAAAAUGGCCAAUAUUUAAUCAUUCAAAAAUUCUAUAAUUAUACUCUAACCCUGAGCUCUUUCAAUUAAGUUUUAUUCAUCAUUGUUAUUUUAAUUUAGUGAUACAACUGUCAUGAAAAGUGACAAGAAAUUAAUAAGAAUAUAAUAAUAUAAUAAAUGAGAUAAAAUGUUAUAAUGAUGGAUGGGGUUCGGCCGUGUUGGAGGUUCACACACAACAGUCUAGAUAACGACUGUUCAACUAAAAAACAUGAACAGAGUACUCUGUUGGACCUACGAUAACUAGAUAUGAGCUGAGAUUAUAGUUUGUUAUUCUGCACAGUUCUCACUGUUGUUCUGAAUCAUUUUUGUCUGCUUCGUGUUUUUAAAUGGAUCCAGUGAUUUUUUGCCUUAUGAGAGCACGAUGAAGGCUUACGGUUGAAACAGUGAGAGCCACGUCCUUUGCUCUCUGCUGAAACCCUUUAUUGCAUGUAUUCUGUUUUUAUGUCCGGUGCAGGCUUGUCUUUGCUGUCUGUGACGGUACCUCUGAAUACACUUUGAUGUCAGGGAGAAACUCUGCUCCCUGCUGCAAGGCACAUGCAACUGCACACACACCUUUAUAAACACCAAUUCAUGUUCUGUCACUACACUCUAUUGCUGUGUCUUAAAUGACUUGUCCUCUGUAUAGUGAGCUUUUUUUGGUCACAUUAGGAUAUCUGGCCAGUUAUGCAUUUAUUCCUGAUACUGCUGUUGGUGACAACAAUAUAAAAUGAUGAUCAAUGAAGUGCACUAUCUUGGACAAGUCAUGUUGGGACUUAAAAACUCCUCUGAUAUAACCAGUAUUCACUGUCAGAUGUAGUACUGUACCAUUACAACUGUAUGCAACUACCAGUGGCAUGUUAGUCAUGUUAACUCUAAUGUGUUUAGAGCUGCGACACACAUGCCAGAGGGCCUAAUCAAUUACAGACUUUUACGUGUUGUACCAAAGUGAGUAUUUUCACAGCUCUCUGUUUAUCUGUGGUGGGGUUCUUAUGAUUAGUGUAACCUUAAAACACCCCAGUGUGUGUGUGUGUGUGUGUAUGUGUGUGUUUGUGUGUGUGUGUGUAUGUGAGAAUGUAUACAAGGUUGUGUGACUGUGAGAGUGUGUUUCAACUGUCUCUUCCUGUCUCUGUCUGAUUGGGGUUUGGAUUUCUCUUGUUAUGCACUGCAUGAUAUUGCUGUUAUGAUUUGCACUUUAAUGAGUAUUUAUUGAAAAACAAUAAACAAACAUAAAAUGUC